AUGUUGCGCCGAUUGUUGGCGACUCGCCCAAAAGUGGAGUUGCCAUAUAAGCUUGGCCAGCCCACACACGAAACACGCCCACACCGUUUACCGGAACCUGGAUGUUUAACGCCCGGAAUCACUGCAUUGGAAUAUUACGAGCGGCGACACGCCCUUGCAAGACAGCUCCCGCCCCAGUCUGCGGCGAUUAUUGUCGGGAACCGCGUGCAACACAGUUCUGGGUCAGUGUUCUAUCCAUUUGAGCAAAACACCGAUCUUUUUUACUUGACUGGGUGGUUAGAGCCCGACCUGGUUGCUGUGAUUGAAAAAGUAGGUGACAGCGGACACGAUGACGAUGUUGUGUUUCAUAUGGUGGUGCCGCCCCGUGUGCCAGCAUCAGAGCUUUGGGAAGGCGCCCGCCUGGGCGAAGAAGGCGCGCAGGAUUUCUUCAACGCCGACAACGCCGUGGCCAACACGCGCGCCGACCUGUUUUUGCGGUCCGUCGUGCGGCGCAACUCGCACAUUUACUGCGACGUGGGCGGCAGCAGCGACAAGUUUGCCCUGUUUUUCUCGCCGCCGCACACCGACACUCUCAGCGACGUGCUCCGCAGUGCGCGCGCCCAAGUUCACGCCCUCAAGCCGUACGUGGCGCGCCUUCGGGCACGCAAGUCGGAGGCAGAAAUCCGCGUGAUGCACGCAGCAGCGAAAAUCCUGUCGCGCGCCAUCAAUACCGCCAUGGCCCGAGUCGGCUCGGAGGCGCCAUUUCUCCUGGAAAAAACUUUGGCGGCAUACUUGGACUUUGCCUUCAUCCGUGGCGGCUGCGACCGUCCCGCGUAUGUGCCUGUAGUGGCCAGCGGCGAAAACGCCUUGACCAUCCAUUACACGCGCAACGACGACUUACUUUACCGUGACGAAACGGUUUUCGUCGACGCGGGCGGCAAACUCGGAGGCUACUGCGCAGACAUUUCGCGCGCGUGGCCCAACUCGCCCGACGGUUUUCUGCCCGCGCAGCGAGACUUGUACGAGGCGGUGCUCAGCACCAAUAAAUCGUGUCUUGCCCUCUGCCACGAAAAGGCAGGCAUAUCUUUGCACGAUCUUCACGAGCAUUCGGUGAUACAUUUGGCCCAGGAGCUCCGCAACUUGCCCGGUUUCGCUGCGCUCGAUCGUUCCACCGUGGCCAGAGACUUGUAUCCGCACUACAUUGGGCACCACCUUGGGUUGGACUUGCACGAUGUGCCGCUGGUGUCCCGCCACUCUCUUUUGGAAAAGGGCCAUGUUGUGACUGUGGAGCCUGGCGUGUAUGUGCCGCGCGACCUGCGCUUCCCCAAGCAUUACCAGGGCAUUGGUGUUCGGGUCGAGGAUGACGUGGCUAUCGGAAGGUCCCUGGAGGAUGUGCUUAACUUGACAAGCUUGUGUGCUAAGGAAGUGGCUGAUGUAGAGGCAUUAGUGCGGCUGGGAAAGACCACCACACCAGGUGUUGGCGACGAACAGGUUUUGGUGGAAAUAUAG